CGAUCCGCGCUGCUAAAUCGGUUUGAUUCCCUUAAAAAAAAAUAGUGAAACGAUCGUCAGAAGUAGAUAAGAGGAGGGAGGAAAGAGAGGAAAAAAAGGGGGAGGCACCUGCGAGAAGGAACAGCGUGGCGUCAAGUUGGCGUUGAUCACGGAGCGCCACAGUUUCAGACAUAUUUGUCAAGCGGAGGAGUCAUCAUCACCAUCCUCAUCAUCAUCGGAUCAGCUCCAGCCGCAGCUCCGAGCCGAACUGGAGGACUGAGGUGAGCUGCGACUCUCGCUGCCUUCGACUCCCUGUGCAUCUGCAUGUGCUGUAAGCAGCCCCAGCCUGUUGGAGAGCUGCUUCGGUCCGUGACUGUCCUGCUUUAGGAGAACCCAUGGCUUCUGGGCCUCCAUUUCCCUCCAUAGGCCGCAGGCUCAGGCUGCUGCAGCUGCUAAUCGGGGCUGUGUUUGUGCUCCUGGUGUCCGGGUUUGGAUCGGCUCUGGGUCACAAGGUCUACACCAACACAUGGGCGGUCCACAUACCCGGCGGUCCGGAAGAAGCUGACCAAAUUGCCAAGAAACAUGGCUUCAUAAACCAUGGACAUGUAUUUGGUGAUUACUAUCACUUCCGGCAUCGCAGGGUGGUAAAGAGAUCGCUGUCUAAUCACAGAACGGCACAAGUCCGUCUGGAAAGAGAUCCUAAGGUUACUUGGUCAGAGCAACAGGUGUCCAAACAGAGGAAAAAGAGGGAUACCGUCACAGAAUUUGUUGAUCCCAAGUUCAGAGACCAGUGGUACUUGUACAACCGCAACCACCAGGACUUGAAUGCCAAAGCUGCAUGGCAGUUGGGCUACACAGGUAAAGGAGUGGUGGUGUCUAUCCUGGAUGAUGGGAUAGAGAAGAACCAUCCUGACCUGUCGCAGAACUAUGACCCGGAAGCUAGUUAUGAUGUGAACGAUGCUGACCCCGAUCCUACGCCUCGGUACACGCAGCUUAAUGACAACAGGCAUGGAACCCGAUGUGCUGGAGAGGUGGCGGCUGCGGCCAACAAUGGGGUCUGUGGAAUCGGCGUUGCCUACAAUGCAAAGAUUGGAGGAGUGCGCAUGCUGGAUGGAGAAGUGACUGACAUGGUGGAGGCCCAGUCUCUCAGUCUGAAUCCGCAACAUAUCGACAUCUACAGUGCCAGCUGGGGCCCAGAGGACGACGGCAAAACAGUCGAUGGACCCGCUAAACUGGCGAAGGAAGCCUUUCUUCGAGGAGUCACAGAGGGUCGUGGCGGUUUGGGCUCCAUAUUCGUGUGGGCCUCUGGGAACGGAGGAAGGGAGAAGGACAGCUGUAACUGCGACGGGUACACCAACAGCAUUUACACUCUGUCCAUCAGCAGCACCACGCAGAAUGGCAACGUCCCCUGGUACAGCGAGGCCUGCUCCUCCACCCUCGCCACCACCUACAGCUCGGGGAACAUCAAUGAGAAACAGAUUAUAACAACAGACCUCAAAUCCAAAUGUACUGACUCUCACACCGGCACCUCUGCCUCCGCCCCACUGGCUGCUGGGAUCAUCGCUCUCGCCCUAGAAGCCAAUAAAAACCUCACCUGGAGGGACAUGCAACAUCUGGUUGUGCGAACUUCUCGGCCUGCUCACCUGCUCGCCAAUGACUGGAGAACCAAUGGAGUUGGACGCAAAGUUAGUCAUUCAUAUGGAUACGGUCUGCUUGAUGCCAGUGCAAUUGUAUCACAGGCGAAGACAUGGACAAAUGUGGGGCCACAGAGAAAAUGUGUGAUCUCCAUUCUCAGUGAGCCGAGGAACAUUGGCAGCCAUUUGUCGAUUGACAAAAACGUGGAUGCCUGCCUGGGCUCAGACAGCUAUGUGACCUCGUUAGAGCAUGUCCAGGCCCGUCUCACCCUCACUUACAACCGGAGGGGGAACCUGGCCAUCCACCUCAUCAGUCCCGCCGGCACGCGCUCCACCCUGCUCCACCCGAGGCCUCAUGACUACUCAUCAGAGGGUUUCAAUGACUGGGCGUUCAUGACCACCCACUCCUGGGACGAGAACCCCAGCGGCGUGUGGAAACUGGAGAUUGAGAAUGUUGCUGGUGCCAGUGACUACGGCACCCUGACCCAGUUCACCCUGGUGCUGUACGGCACCGGCUCACCAUCCUCCAGCUCCUCUGAACAGCCCCAGUCCAACAACGACGUAUGCAAGACUUUGGAUCUGAGUAUGAAAUGCAUCGAGUGCAACCCUGGCUACUACCUCUUUCAGCAGGGCUGUGUGACAGAAUGUCCUGCGGGCUUCGCGGUGGGCACCCAGCCCCUCAACUACACGGUGGGAAACUACGUCCAGCCAGCUUCCGUCCCAGCCUGCUUGCCGUGCCCAUCGCCCUGCGUCACCUGCAGCAGCCUCAGCCCCCCGUUCUGCCUGACCUGCCCCGAUCACAGCUCCGUUAACCAGGUCUCUGGCACCUGCCUGCGCCUCAACCACUCCAUGCGCGAGUCGCCGGGGGCCUUUAUGGAGGAGGUGAAGCCUUGGCUCAAGCACGACUCUCAGCUGCCCCUCACCGUCGCUGUGCUCAGCUGCAUGGCCAUCAUUGCGACCUUCGCGGGCGUCUUCCUGAUGCUGCAGCUGCGCUCCGGCGCGCUCAUCAAGCUGCCCUCGCUGGAGGCCGGCGGUGCCUUCAGCCUGAGGGGGAGCAGGGUGGUGUCGUACCGCGGCAUCCCGACGGUUUGGGGGGACGACGGCCUGAACACUGACUCAGAAAAUGAAGAGUUCGACGUCCAUAACGAGAGAACUGCCUUUAUCAAAACACAAAGUGCUCUUUAAUGCUUUCAUAAGUCCCUCCUCCUCCUGCUCUACUUUUAAACUCUCCUCCUCUCCAUCUGUCUUGACACUUCAGGGGUGUUCGCUGUUCUCAGUCUCAUCCGCACAUACACCCAGUUAAUUUUAUUCUUUCUGUCUUAUCAGGUCCUCGUCUGCUUUUAGGAAGUUGGCCUCACUUGGUUGUGGGAGCCUUGAUGGGAAGCUGCUGUUUUUGAAAGCUGGGGACAACCCAAGCUUUUCGCUCUGUUCACAGUUGGCUGCAUUUCUGUUCAGGUGUCUCCCUCCUGCACACCUCUGAUCACUGACAGCAUCUGUUGGUGCAGAGUUCAUUUCCCUCCAGCUCCUUUUUGUUACAGUAAACAAAUGCUGAUCAUUUACUGCGUCUCACUGCUUCCCCCCCCUUUACCUUCCAUUAGUCUCAGUGCAGUAGCCAGAUGAGAUUUUUGAAUGUGAGCGUAAGAGAUGAUUUUGUGUGUGUGUGCAUUUCUGAAUGAAUGAGCCUGCAUAAUAAAGGGUGUGGAGAUCUGAUGAGCAGCAUGGAGCGUCGCGCCUCCGGUGAAGUCGUUUAAAACGUUUCCUGUCGUUUAAUAUUUUAGCUGAUGACAAACUGACGGUUAUUAAAGAAGCAUCCACUUAAAAACAUUUGUUCUCUCCACAUUAUUUGUCGACAUCAGGAUUUGAAAGCCGUGCAGCAAAGUCCAACGUUUUAGCAGGGAGUCCCGCUUCUCAAGUGCGUUCAAAUCAAAGGCAUAACUAGCAAUAAGAAUUUAAAUUUAAUAGUUUAAAGAGCAAAACAUAGCUGAAAGCUGCUCCAUCGUUUUAGAUUCCAGCCUCACAUUUUCUGCACUUUGGGACAGAAAAAAGCAAAAGAUAAGAAUCUCAAAAACACUCAACCGUAGAUGUUUAAUGGCUGCAUCUGAUGCACCCGUCCACAGGGGUGAGAGGUCAAUCAGCCGAGGCGCCGACGCGCAUGUGUGAGCUUCAAAGACGCUGGCAGGUGUUGACUUACCUGUGAUUGAUUCCUCGACUCAGCCGGCGCGGUAACAAUACAUCAAGGCUCUCCCCUGCUGUCAGAGCGAAUCAGCCCCACAAACACCAGCCUCUUGCCGUAGCGACUGGAUGCGGGUUCGUGCGCCGGGAUGUAAAGUAUCACCUGACUCACCUGGCCUCUGAAGUGAUGGUUUCUUUCCUCCGCUCUCGGCUCCGCUCUUCAAGUCUCGAGUAUUGAUUAAAGCCCCACGUCGACGCUCCUCGGCUCAUCAGUGUCCCCGCACUCCAAUCCUCAUCCAAUCAGAAAUUCAAAUCAGCAAGUCGGCGUACUUUAUACUCCAGAUGAUACUACAGCAAAGAGAUUUUAUUAAUAUCAUUUCUCUUUAAGUGAUAUCAGUUUUUUCCUUCCUGAGCUGUAAUCAUAUGAAAUAAGCAUCUCAUUGUUUAAUCCAUUGUAGCUGUGUUGAUUUUUGUUUUCUUCCUUUUUGUUUAAAAUUUCUGCACAAAGAUGCUGAAGCUUGCUGGGAGAGGUUUUCAAAUGAUGGCGUGCAUGGAAAACUGCAGCUGCUCAUCCUUUUAUCUACCUCUCAUAUCCCACAGCGAGGCUUCGUAGACUCUUUGAGGAGCUGUUAAUUACAGAGGCGAAUUUAAAUGUGGGUUCGGCGUGAAAAUCUACUCUGUGGUGAUUUAGGUGACGGGCUGAAUUCAUGUUUUAGAAGGGAAAGGGUGCAAGUAAAUCAGAAACUGUCAACUCUGCUUUCCUGGAAACUCUUCUGUUCUCUUAAAUGUAUUGCCUUUGAGGAUCGGCAUCAUGCGUGGUCACACGUGGGCUUUAAAAAGGGUUACUGAGAUGAAACGUGCACAGGUGAAAAUGGCUGGCAUUCGAGUGCUAAAUCAGCCUUUAAACCAACAGGGGCGUUUCUGCUCUCCGUCUCUAAUGGGGCGUCUCCUUCUGGAUCUCAAACUCUUUUGUUGUUGUUGUUGUUUUUUUUCUCUUACGUUUAUGUCACUGACAAUCAAUUUCCUUGUCUUGAGUGCAAGGCACACAAACAGAUCGAUUUUAGCUUCUAAUUCAACCACUGGUGUUGUAAAGUCUUCACAGGUGUUUCAGAAACCGAGCUGAAGGAUUCAGGUGUAUUAGUAUAAAAAAAUCCCCCCAGAUGGCCAAAAAGUUACAGCGACGCAUGUUUUCUCUGCAAAAAUGCAAAAUCGUACCAAGUGUUUUUGAUCUAGUUUCUAGCGCAAAUAUCUUAGUACACUAGAAAUAAGAGAAAACUAACUUACCAGUAGCUUUUCAGCAUGAUAUAGGAGCUAUUUUUAUGUAAAAAAAAGUGCUAGUUCCACUGGCAAAUUAUUUUGAGAUAUUUUGUCUUGUUAUAAGUGAAAUAAUCUGCCAGUGAAACUCUUAAUUUAGCAUCAGUAUUAAGGAAUUAUUCACCUAAUCUCUUAUAUCUUGCUGAUGAGUUAUCUGUAAGAUAUUUUUUAAAGUGCACAUAUUAGUCUCACAAACUAGACGAAAAAUAGUCUAGUUGUGUUUUUGCAGUGUGGUCGUUACUGAACCGAGAGGAGACCCAUGAGAGCUGAUCUGCUGGAAAACGCUCUCAAACGCAACAAAGAUGUUAUAGUUGUUGCUUUUUGUGAUGAACUCUGGUGCCUAUCGCCAUCAAUGCUUUGAUUGGUCUCCACUGAGCUCCAGCCUCAGACUCAAACGCCAGAAAAUGGGCAACAAAACAUGUUCCAAUUAAAAUAUGAAUGUUGAAGAAUUACAAUGAACAUCGCACUUUGCCUUUUCCCGCUUCAAACUCUUUCUUUGCGACUUUUUGGAGCCCAUUAAAGUUCACAGAUUGAUUUGUUUUCCCUUCAUCUUAGGCUGAUUUAUUCACUACAACUGUUAACCGAUUCUCACUCUUUUCAUUCAAGGGUUUAACUUUUAGAGAAACUCCUUAAUGGCGGCAGCAUUAAUUAGCUUGUGCUUCCUGAGCUGCUGAAGCCCAUCAGCAGCUUUCACUGCCAGAAUGUGAUAUAAAGUGCACACUAAAAAGGAAACCGGUUCGCUAAUAGUCCCAGAAAGCAGCUUUUUCAUGGCUGUAAAGCCCCCGCCUCGCUGGCAGUAAAGCUCGGAAGCUGUUAAAUGCUGACAAAAAUCUGUUUGAUGCUAGUUACUUUUCUUUUCUGAUUAUAAAGAUGAAACCCAUCAUGUCGUUUUUAAUGCUGUCACUCGGAGCUCGGUGUUGCUCCUGUCCCCGAUUUUAGGCUGUAGUCUGAAGUUAUCCACACGAACUUGGACGUAGUUGAUAGGAGCAAUAUCUUUGGCAUAACCAAAGACAAUCAUUCAGAUGCCGUCUGUUUCGUAUGAGAACGUGUCGCCUCCAGGUCGGUUCGUCCCAUCGUCCUCCUGUAGCUGCGUUCGCCGUGUCUAGUUGAAACCCAUCGGUGAUCUGUGAUGACAUGUUGCCUGUUGAGCAGCUGUGGAGGGAGGAGGUAGAAUGUAUCCCAUCGCCAUGACCUUAAGGGCUGAACCGGGUCUGCGUGCACAAGCUUGUUAAAGUCGAAGCGAAACACUUUGCGAUGGAGGAGCCGUCUCAGUCCACUCCUUUGACCUCCUCCCGCCUCCUGGUGAGGAUCCUGACCUGUGGCUGCACACAGUACGUUACAGAUUUGUGACCUAUGAUUAAUGUACAAGAAUGACGAUCCUACAUGGGACAUAACUCUAAAAUAAGGCCUAUUUUUGUACUAUAUGAAUGGUGCAGUGUAAUUUUCUUGUAAUUUAAAAAUGUUUUUCUUUUUUUCUCCUUUUUAUUUAAUUGAUGUCAAUUAUAGAUUCUACUAAAAAUAAAGAUCUAUGCAAAUUUAA